AGCGACGGCAGCGGCAGGUGUCAUUUGAAUUGAAAGUGCGCGGACGCGUUUAAAAAUCUAAAACCGAGUUUAUAACGCACGCGACGCGACGCGAAGCUAACGCCAACGACGGCGACGUCGACUGCGAUGAGUGCGCGGUGCCGCGACGGUCAACAAAAUGCCGCCGCGUCCGAAAGAGAAACAGACAUCGAAACCGAAACAGAAACAGAAACAGACACUGUAAACGUAAACGUAAACGAAACUGAUUUCAUGCUCAAGAUAAUGACAGCGACGCCGGCGUCGACGGCGACUGCGACGGCAACGCUGACAACGUUGACAACGGUUAACGCUCAAAAUAAAUGCGCGACGGCAGCGCCAACGACUUUUAGUUAUCAGAGAGCAGCGAAGCGUUGCGCACGCCUCGAACAGGCAACAACAGAAGCAGCAGUCACAAUAACAGACUCAGCUUCAGCAACAGAAUCAGAAGCAAAAUCAGAAACAGCAGCAGCCAAAAGACAAGAGACUAACGAAGCAACUAAGAGAGCGACAACCGUAAGAGAGGCGUGUGCGAAUCCAUGUGAACGACAGCGUCGUCUGGCAGAGCACAAAGCGCAACUGCGCGCCGCAUUCUUUAAGGAUCUCAGCGAGCUUGCAGCGCAGCAGCAGAAAGAGCGACACAAGCAGCUAAGAGAGCAAGCGAAAGCUUUUGAUUCAACGAGACGUAUACAGCAGCUGAUUGAAAAGUUUCAGGCAAUGAUUGUGCAGCAGCCAACGGAGCAGCGAUCGGGCAGCGCUGCAGCGGGAGUGGGAGUGGGAUUGGGAGUGGGUGCAGGAGAGCGAGAGCGAGAGCAGCAGGCUCACUUGAAGCCCAUUACGAUUGCGACAGCGGGCAGCGCUGCCAAUUCGGACGAGGGCUGCAAUGCCGGCGGCUUGAGUCCCUGCAGCAGCGACAACGAAUGCGACGCUUUCGCCAGGCGUCGCAAGCCGAAGGUGACGCGUUGUGCGAGCAGCGACUCGGCGUUGGGCUUGGAAGUGGAUGAUGUGAAUAUGGAUGUGCUGCCGGCAACGCCGCAGCGACGCAUGACGUUAACCGUUACCGAUUUGCCAUUACGUCCGGCUCUAUUGCCGCUGGCUGAGCCAACGGCAUUGCCCGAUUCACCGUUAACCUCACCGACCAAUCCCACAGCAGCAAUGUCCACGUCCACGUCUGCCCUAAGCUUGAUCGGCGGGGGCGGGGGCGGGGGCGGGAGCAGUGUGGGAGGCGUGCCCAGCAAGGUGCUGCUCGAGGAACGUGUCGUCGCAGCGCUGUCGGCGCCGCCAAGCUCACGUCGCGAGUCCACACAGAGCUGCAUCAGCGAGCUGGGCAGCACUGGCGGUGUCCGUUAUGUGCGCACACCGUCGGUGGUUGUAUCCGAUUAUUCCGAUGACAUAACCGCCUGUGGCAUUAGCAUGGAGGAAAUGGAGUAUUUUCGACUGCAGCGCGCACGCUGCCACCGUCGCUGUUCGCUGGAAGCGAGUGCCGCUGCCGCCGGCAGCAUCGGCGGCGCCAAGGAUGAAGCUCAGUCGGAUGUGAGCGCUGCCAGCAGCUGCAGCAAUCUGUACUAUUGCGGCUCCACAAUAUCCGCUCUCGAUGGCGGCGAAUGCAUUGUGAAUGGCGUGCGUGUCGCACUUGCCCGCAAAUCCAGUCACAGUAGCAGCGGCGACCUCAGCGGCGGCGAUGAUGAUGCUGAGGACGAAGAGCUGGAAAUUGAUGUGGAUGCGGAUGCGGAGGUAGAGGUGAAAAUGGAAAUGGAACGGCAACGUGAAAGAGAACGUGAGCGGGAGAGGGAGAGACAGCUGAGCGAGCUUUUGGCUGCCACACAGCUUGGCGAUGGCUUUAAGAAGGUAUGUUGCAACUUGGACGAGGUUAAAGCGAAUAAGAAAACAAAAAUAAAUCAGAGAACAAAACAAAAGACUUAAGCAAAAAACUUGUCAGAGCGUCCGCGC